UCUUGCUCAAGAAUGUCAAGAUCUGGAAUCUCAAAAAAAUUUGUUCAGUAAAUCAGAAUUUACAACUGAAUGGAAAAUAAAAUUUGAUCAAAUAAUAAGACAACUAUUAAAUAAAAUGCAAAACAAAACUGAUACUUAUAUUAGACCAGUUCCAAGUCACAGCAUGUCUAAUUCCUGGUGCUAA